AAGGGAUUUUAUCUUCACUAUUCACUUACGGUUUUAGGAAGGUUAGCGUUUUUAUUUUAUUAUGACUUGUCCAGCAGUUACAGUUAGGCUACUUGAUGUGUACCAAUUUUAAAGAAACGAGCUAUUUCUAUUCAAGUUGUUCAACUUUCCCGUGCACGCCAAAGAAAAGUAGGCAACAUGAAAUGUAACAUCUUGGGAAGUUGCUUCAUGGAAUAGCUUUUUUGGCGUUUUAAAAUAGAGCAUUAUGAUUGGUCGAAAUCCCUCCCGUACUCACAGGGGAGCAUAUGCUCACUUCCUCUUGUUUGGAGGAGGAGGAGGAUGGGGAGAAGUUUGGGAAUUUGAAUGUUCCAGGCGGCAGACCCCGGACUACCAGCCUAUGUCUGGAAACUUUGUAGUGUUGUAAAGGAAUAAGAAACAAAACAGGAACCAAGAUGGAGAACAUCAGAUCACGUAUGAUACUGGAGAACAGCGGGAAAAGAACUUUCUGCAGAGAGCCGAGCUGGACCUUGGAUCAGCCGGCUCUGCUGGGGCCAUCAGCCAAGAGAGUGCGAAGAGAGAGAACUGAGAGAAGAGGGACAGCGAGACCCCUCGGCCAUGUCAGGACGACUAAAAGCGCUGUUCGGCCUAUAGAGGGAGUCCUAACCGAGGCACUGACCCACAAAAGCCCCAGAGCCCAGGUGAAGCUCGCAGUGGUCAAGACCUCACUCAGGAACAAGAAUUUAGAACCAGAGCCUAUGCAGAGGAACAAAGAACAGUGGCCAGAGUGGAAGAACACAGAACUGUGUCACAUGAGGAGGAACUCACAACUGGCGCUCAUGACAAAGAACACAGAACAGUAUUUUAUGAGGGAAAUUCAAGAACCUGCUCCUAUGAGGAAGACUUUAGAACCUGGUUCCGUUAAGGAGAAUGUAGAGCCUGUUCCAGUGAGGGAGAACAGGAAACCUGCAGCGGUUAGGAGCACCACAGAACCGGGUCCCUUGCAGAAGAAGCCAGAACCUGCUCCAAAAAAGAAGAGGAAGAUUCACCCCUCUGGAUUCAAGGGCAGAGGCCAGCUGAAGCUGUCUGUCUCACCUGAGAAUGGUCGGCUCUCUCUGCGCGUCAUGGAAGCCAGAGGUCUUCAAGGGAAGCGCCACAGACCAUGUGACUCGUAUGUGAAGCUAGCCGUGGUGCCAGAUGCUGAUCACACCAAGCGCUGGAGGACCAGGACCAUCCUGGAUUGCACGACUCCCACCUUCAAUGAGACCUUUGUGCUGGACCUGGGAGCGGAGGAUCACCACAAGAGGAUACUGGUGACCAUGUGGAACCGCAGCAGGACUUCCAGGCGCAGUGACCUCUUGGGCUGCAUGAGUUUUGGCAUCCACUCUCUCAUCACUGCACAGAAGGACAUCUGUGGCUGGUAUUAUCUCCUGGGAGAGGAGUUGGGCCGAAGCAAACAUCUGAAGGUGGCCGCCCGCCGCAUCAGAAGGCCUGCUGAUUCGGCCGUCUCAAACCAUGCAGGAGCACCGGACACGGCCAGCGCCGAGAACAUGCAGUCUUUCACCGUGACCGUCCACAGAGGAAGAGAUGGCUACGGCUUCACCAUCUGCUCAGACUCGCCUGUGCGGGUCCAGGCUGUGGACCCAGGCGGCCCAGCUCACCAGGCGGGCCUGCAGCAGUUGGACACACUCUUGCAGCUCAACGGCCAGCCUAUAGAGCACUGGAAAUGUGUGGAUCUCGCCCACGCCAUCAGGGGCUGCCGCAGUGAGAUCACAAUGGUGGUCUGGCGCACCUCGCCCGUCAUGAAGCCCUACUUUGAGGGCCUCAUCCACCAGCCUUCCUACAAAACCUCUGCCUACGACACGCUCUCCCCCAUGGCCAGUAAACCUGAAAAGACGCCCCCUCUGCUGUCCAACCCCCUCGGGCAGAGGAACAGCCGCAAGAAGAAGCCGGCUGCUACUGAGGGCUCGGGGGGAUCAAGGGGGUUCAUGGACGGCCCCUGGCCCUGGAGGGACAAGAGGGAGGAGAAUGACUACAAGGCCCGAACAACUACCCUGAAGGGAACGCGUGUGACCUCAUCAAACGGGGACAACUACAUCAUCCUCUCACCUGUUAACCCAGGCAACCAGAUACUACAGCCAGUGUAUUCUGACAACAAUGGCACUAUCGGAACACUGGGGCGUAUCUAUCAGACUCACCCCAGCCGGGGUAUGCAGCAGGGCAGUGAGUUUCUGCCGGACCCCGGACCCCUCUCCAGAAACACCAUACGGCGCUCCAUCAACAGCAAGACCAUCCCCCCGCCCUCCUCCACGUACAGGCACAGCUUCGCCAACUACCAGAACUGCACCAUCGUCCAGUCCCACCUCCCACAGUCCAACUACGGCACCUACGUGGCCAUGACCCCCAAGAUCCUCAUCUUCCCCGUGUUUGUGCAGCCUCUGAAUCUGUGCAGUCCUGAACACACCCUGCUUCUCUCGGAGGAGAUGAUUCUUCAUGACAGCAAACACCUGUCCAUCAAGGUCACAAUCUUUAUCUACACUGACCUGAUGCUGUUGACUCGCGAGGAUGAGCCCGGCCGCUGUAACGUGCUCCAGAGCCCCCUCUACCUGCACCAGCUGAAACUGCAGGACGUUCCUGCUGAUAAGAUGCGUCUCUACAUCACUCACAGGACGGAGGGGGAGAGCUUGCUGAGCCUGGAGGCUUUCUCCGCAGAGCAGAAGAGGAGGGUUCUCCAGUGUCUGAGAGAGAACAUCAACAAACAGCUGCAGCACAGAGAUAGACUGGCCCACGAGCAGAUGAUACAUCCCCAGCCUGUGGAGAAGAGUGAUGCAGGGCCUCUGCCGUUUGCCCCCCCUGGUCAUGCUGACGCCCCCCCUCCCUGCCUGCCCUCCUGCCCCUCCGAAUCUCCCAGGAUGGCCCGGGCCAGAGACGAGCGGUUCCUCUUCCCCAAAACACGGACCCCCCUGGUGGAGAGCGACCUCAGGGGCCCCAUCUCCCCUCUGCCCCCUCUCCCGUCCCUGUCUCUGACUCCGCGGAGAGUGGAGCGCCCAGCAGGGGGCGCUGACGCGGAGAUGUGGAGGAGGAGGAAGGUGGAGCUGGAGGAGGAGGCGGUGUCGGCGGGAGAGCAGCGGCAGAGGGAGCAGGGCGAGGGUGAGAGCGCCUCGGAGACGGUGAGCGUGUGCGCACGUCCCACCUCUUCCUCCUCCUCUUCCUCGCCCCUCGUCGCACACAAGCUUUGCCUGGGGCGCUCUUUCAGUACCGAGCCCCUAACGUCCCCGUCCACCGACGAGGAAGAAGAAGAAGAGGAUGAUGAUGAGGAUGAGGAGGAGGAUGAUGACGACGGCGACAACGGCUACAUGACGAAGCGCCGAAGUGUGGCGGGGGCGUCUCCCGUGGCGAUGCAGCCCGGCGACGAGCUGAUGCCCCUCCCCCUGCACAGGCGCACGCACAGUGAGGGCAGUCUGCUCCAGGAACCUCGAUCGCCCCGGUUCAUCUCGAAGCCCGCCUUCAUCUCAGACCCCGCCUUCAUCUCAGACCACGCCCUCACGUGCAUCAACCAUGCCCGCCAGCCCAUCUGGGCCCCGCCCUCCCCUAACACACUCAGGAAGCAGCUGACCUGCACCCAAGGCUCCACCCACAUCUGCAUGCUGCUCGCCAGGAGACGGGUCUGUCACGAGGCCAACUGCAGGUGUGUAAUGGGACGAGGAGGCCUCAAGCAGAGGUCAAAGAGUCUGGCCAAGGACGUGAAGAACCGCCUGACCUUUGUGCGGAACAAGAAGGACCAGCAGGGACGCAGCCGUGUGAGAAAGAUGGAGAAGAUCCUCAGGUCUGCCCGGCCUGGCCCAGAGGAAGCCAUCAUAUGGGCAGAGUCCUUCGACCAGCUGCUGACUCAUAAAUACGGAGUGGCUGUGUUCCGUGCCUUCUUGCAAACCGAGUUCAGUGAGGAGAACCUGGACUUCUGGCUCACCUGCGAAGACUUCAAGCAGAUCAAGUCCCAGUCCAAGCUGGCUUCCAGGGCCAAGAAGAUCUUUUCUGAGCACAUCUCCAUACAGGCCUGCAAAGAGGUCAAUCUGGACUCGUUUACCAGAGAACAGACGCGAGAGAACCUGGAGAACGUCUCCGUGUCCUGCUUUGACCUGGCCCAGUGUCGCAUCUACGGCCUGAUGGAGAGGGACUCCUACCCCCGCUUCCUCCGCUCCGAGCUCUACAUGGACCUGACCAACCAGAGGAGACCCAGCUCCAUGCCCGACCUAUCCUGAGCGCACACCCGUCAGCCGCAAGCAUCUCGGUUCAUCCAUCACUAGACUCCACAUCAUACGGAUGGGACUGCAGGAGUGAGCAUGUGUAGCCGCAGGCCUGGGUGUUGUGAUGUGUUCUGCUGCUGUCAAUCUGUUUUUUACUCUACGUUGCCCUCUUGUGGUCGGAGUGCUCAUCAGAGACAGACUCUGGGUAGGAGGUUAACAGAAGGACCUAGACAGAGACUGUUACUGGUGGUAGCUAAAGCUGUUGACCUGGAGGGAGGAGGAGAGGGGG